AUGGCUUUUAUAAGACUUGUAUAUUGGGCGGUUUGGCUGUUGCCAAUGGCAACGGGGCAUCUCAAUGUGCUCAUCAGUCAGGUUGAAGUAAUGAAGUUGCUUGGUUUGGAUGCAGAGUUGUACUACGUGAGAGAAGGCGUAGUGAACACGUACGCUACUAGCUUCAUAGUACCAGUUCCUGCGCACAUAUCCGAUCUAGAAUUCAUGUGGCAAGCCCUUGGGAGAAGACCGCUGCCGUACGUGAUGGGGAUUGACUAUGAGAGCCGAGGCGCCAUGUUGCCGCCCCAGGUCAAUAUAUCAGAGAGAGGCUUUGUACCGACGACGUUGCAGACUUUUAGGGUACGACUCCCGUGCACCGGUUCAAGAAGUGCGGAGAUCCUGGUGACCAUGCAGCUGAACAUAUCUGCACCAGACAGAGCACAUAAGGAUGUCAGACUUCAGUUUAAAAGAAACAAAAUUUGUUUAAAAGGUUUAUCAACAAUUGUGACACACAACGAGACGGCCCGUCUGGCUGGGGAUGCGUCGCAGUCAUCAGGAGGUGUCGUCUUUGCGGCGGGUGGGUGCGCGGCGGCUGCGCUUGCGCUGCUCGGCGCGGCCGCCGCUGCCGGCACCCUGUACCGGCGUGGCAGCAAAGCGAGACACCAUGACUCUAUACAUAGCACAUCGUACACCACUGCAGCGUACGGCAGCCAUCAGAAUGUGCUUCUUCGCCUGGACACCCUCGGUAGACCGCCCAGCUCGACAGGAUCCUACGCCACCAUUGCUAGUCUACAUAAGUUUCCUUUUGGGAGCCGUCGAUCGCCAUCACCGUAUGCUACCACUCACAUCGGCGAGCAUGUCUACGCUAAGCCCGAGUCUAGGGUGUCAUACUACGCUGCAUCCAACCUCACUCAUGUGUCACAGCAAACCAUCGCAAAGGAUCGUAUCACGGACCCAGCAGAGCAACUACGUCAUCUUUCAACUCCUCGCUCCAACAUUCGUCUGGAGAUCCUUAUCCAAGAAGGGACCUUUGGGAGAAUCUACAAAGGAGUCUUCAAGCGGGGUGACACCUAUGAGGAAGUCAUCGUGAAGACUGUUACGGAAGCGGCAUCAGCAAUGCAGGCAGCGCUGCUUGUGGCCGAAGGUUUGAGGUUCUGUGGGUUGUCUCACGCCAAUGUGCUGACUCCUAUGGCUGCUUGUGCUGAAGAAGCUCGGAAACCACUUCUGGUCUACUGCUGCGUUUCACAUUCUUCUAAUCUUAAGAGGUUUCUAACAUCAUGCCGGUUGGGCCAACAAGCGGCACCAGCAACUAGGGAGCUGGUGGACUUGGGUGCUCAAGUGGCAUGUGGACUGUCGUACCUGCACGUCCAGAGAAUAGUGCAUGCUGAUGUUGCUGCCAGGAACUGCAUAGUGGAUGAGAAAUUGAGACUGAAACUGGCAGACAACGGGUUAUCGCGAGAUCUCUUCCCUGAUGACUACCAUUGCCUUGGUGACAACGAAAACCGGCCAGUCAAGUGGAUGGCGCCAGAAACACUGCUUCAGAACCAGUACACUACGUCUUCUGAUGUGUGGUCACUAGGAAUUACACUAUGGGAACUUUCAACCCUUGGAGCAGCUCCUUUGGCGGAACUGGACGCAGCCGAUGUUGGUGCCUUCCUGAGUGGAGGCUACAGACCUUCCCAGCCCCACAACUGUCCUGAUGAGAUGUAUGGGCUCAUGUCCUGGUGUUGGACCCUAUCGGCCUCAUCCAGGCCGACAGCCCCUCAACUACUAGCUGCACUUCACGACUUUCGACAAGCUCUUAGUACUUAUAUAUAA